AUGAUGGAUACAGCUACUGAGGUACCGAUAUAUGUUGGAGGGGAUGUCGACCGGGUUCAGCUGCUUCUUGAUCAAAUGUCAUAUUUUGAGUUGGUGAGUACAUUGAUCGAGGAUUUAGACUAUUCGUCGGUGGAAAGGGUGUGGUAUUUGACUCCGGGACAAAGUAUGGAACAUGGGCUGCACGAGAUACGCACUGAUGCCGACGUUAUUAAUGGUCUACUUGUGGAUGCCGAGCUCGGAGAGGUGUCUUUGUUUUUUGAAGCAACUAAGUUCAUUCAUGAGAUGGGAGACAACUAUGGGCAUAGUGAGGAGGUUGAAGAUGAGGAGGGUGACAACUCUGCUGUAGCCGAGUUCGUCCGGAUAGAUGAAGACGAUGCUCAAACGUCGGAUGAGGAAUAUCAUGAAAUACAGGCCCGUUAUCGUCGCAUGCUACAGAGGUCUAGGCUGGAGGAGACUGCAUCGAGGGAAGAAGUUGAUCAGUUGUUUGUAGACCCCAAUGAGGUGAACGAGCCUGUUCAACCUAGUGUGAAUGUCGAUGAAGAGGCAGCCGAUGGACAUGGAGAGGAGGUUCAACAAAGUGGUGAUAUGGGUGAUGAUGAAGCUCAAGGGUCUGAGGCAACAGUCUAUAGGGGUUCUGAAAACUCAGAUCAUGUUCGUGGCAACAUUGGCGAGGAAGAGGAAGUGUCCAUGAUCGACAAGUGUCGGUUUUAUGAUCCCAAAUGUGAUCAUAAGACAUUGUUGAUCACUACACAUAUGAGGUUUGCUAGUCCUGAGCAGUUUAAAGAGGCCAUUACAAGACAUUCCAUUGAGAUUGGUGCUGAUAUACGAUGGGUACGCAGUAGUCAGAAGAAAAAAGAGGUUGUUUGUGCCCAAAACUGUGGCUGGAGGGUGUAUGCUUCUUGGUAUGGGAAGAGAGAGACCUUUAUUGUCAAGGGUGUUGGGACACCACAUGACUGCCCUCGUUCUUUUCGCAAUCGUGGUGCUACUGCCAAGUGGAUAGCUACUGAAUAUCUUGAGAGGUUUAGGGUGGACCAAGAUUGGAAUGUGAAUUUGAUGGCAGCUGAGAUAAAGCAGAAGCACAACCUGGACGUGACACGAAAAGCUUGCUACCGAGCUCGCAUAGAAGCAAGGCGCAUUCUCCAUGGCACGUUGCAAGAAGAUUUUCAUCGGAUGCGUUCAUAUGUAGGGCAUCUUCAAAAAGUCGACCCGGAUGGAACAUUUCUUCUGGAGGUUGAUUUGGAGCCUGAAUCCGAGAAGGUCUACUUCAAGCGUUUUUAUGUGGGCUUUUCAAGCUUGUCUCGAGGGUUCUUAGAAGGUUGUAGGCCUUUCUUUUGCCUUGAUGGCUGCUUCUUGAAAGGGGAAGUUAAGGGCAUGCUACUUAGUGCAGUUGGAAAGGAUGGAAACAAUCACAUGUACCCGAUAGCGUGGGCAGUUGUCGAGUCUGAGAACGGGAGCUCAUGGACAUGGUUUAUUCAAACAUUGAAAGAACAAUUGCAUAUUGUGGAUGGAAACUGUUGGACUAUUGUUAGCGAUCAACAAAAGGGUUUGGUGGAUGCUAUCCAUGAGUGCUUGCCGCAUGCAGAGCAUAGGAAGUGUGCUCGCCAUGUGCAUGCACACUUUAAGGCUAAACACAGAUUUGAUAUGGCUACCACACUGUAUUGGGAAGCAGUCUACUCCACCAACGAGCCUGAUUGGAAAGCUGCCACUGCCAAGUUGAAGGAUCUUGGAGGGACUGUGUAUCAGGACUUUAUGGCCAUGGAACCAGAGAGAUUCUGUUGA